AUGGUUUUCAUCCAUCUUGUAUCAUGCGCGCUUCUUUGGUUCGCUUUUUCUCUGGCGUCGCCCACGGGGACUCUGGAGGGUCGCGACGCAGGGACCGUUACCGCCGUUGUCCCAGCUGGGACGAUUUUGGGCAAGCUUCACCGAGGCGUGGAAUCGUUUAGCGGAAUCCCGUACGGAGAAGCUCCCGUUGGGCCCUUGAGGAUGAAGCCUCCUGUACGUCGAACCGACUCUUUGGGGGUCUUUGACGGUACAGGCCCUGCCGGGGCUUGCCCGCAACAGAUUGUUUCAACAGACAGCGAAAACUUCCUGCUUGAUAUCCUUGGUUCUCUUGUAAAUCUUCCCUUUGUUCAGGCUGUCACUGGACAGUCUGAAGAUUGCUUGACAAUCACUGUUGCGCGCCCCGAGGGCACAGCUGCUGGGGCCAAGCUCCCCGUCUUGUUCUGGAUCUAUGGCGGCGCCUUCGAACUUGGGUGGACAUCCAUGUAUGACGGCACCAGUCUCAUCAAUCAUGCCAAGUCAAUCGGCCAGCCCUUCAUCUUCGUGGCGGUUCAGUACCGCGUGUCGGGAUACGGAUUCAUGCCCGGCAAGGAGAUCAUGUCUGAAGGGUCUGGAAACGCCGGCCUGCUGGAUCAGCGUAUGGGCCUCGAGUGGGUUGCGGACAACAUCGCGGCCUUUGGAGGUGACGCCGACAAGGUGACGAUUUGGGGCGAGUCAGCCGGCGCCAUGUCCGUCCUGAGCCAGAUGAUCCUGUACGACGGCGACCACACGUACAAGGGAAAGCCUCUGUUCCGCGGGGCCAUCAUGAACUCUGGGAGCGUCGUCCCAACAGACCCCCUCGAUUCGCCCCAGGGACAAGCAGUCUUCGACAAGGUCGUCCAAGCUGGAGGUUGCGGGGGCGCCGUAGACAAGCUGGAAUGCCUCCGAGGCCUCAGUUACACGGACUACUUGAAUGCCGUCACCUCGGUGCCGGGUGUUCUGUCAUACAACUCCCUUGCGCUGUCCUACCUGCCCCGUCCGGACGGCAAGGCCAUCACCACGUCCCCCGACGCUCUGAUUCUGGCCGGAAAGUACGCUCCCGUGCCCAUGAUAGUCGGCAACCAGGAGGAUGAGGGCACCUUGUUUGCUCUCUUCCAGCACAACCUCACCAGGACCGAAGACUUUGUCAGCUAUCUCGAAUCAUACUACUUUCCGAGAGCAAGCACAGAGAAACUGACGCAACUGGUGGACCUGUAUGGAAGCGGUCUCUCUGCUGUGACCAACGGCAGCCCGUUCAACACGGGUCUCCUGAACGAGAUAUUCCCGGGCUUCAAGCGUCGCGCCGCCGUGCUAGGAGACCUGGCCCUCACGCUCAGCCGGCGGUUCUUUCUGGCGGGGGCGAACAACGUCCGUCCAAACGUUCCGUCGUGGUCCUACCUCGCGUCCUACGACAAGUGGACGCCCGUCCUGGGCACGUUUCACGGCUCCGAUCUCCUCCAGGUCUUCUACGGCGUCAAGGACAACUAUGCUGCCAGGAGCAUUCGCACCUAUUACAUAAACUUUGUGUACAACCUAGAUCCAAACGUUGGCGUGUCUGGAAAGUAUCCAAACUGGCCUCGCUGGUCCGACGGAAACAACUUGGCUCAAUUCUUUGACCACAAGUCCGGGCUGCUCAAGGAUGAUUUUAGGCAGGCGCCAUACGAGUGGCUGGUGAAUAACAUUGAAAUUCUUCGAUUCUAG